AUGAGUCAGCCGCAACGAGUCCCGUCACAGGGACACGCACGCAACAAGUCGUCUUCCACCAGAUCGUCGAGACCCAGAUCCAGCACCAGGGGCCCUCUCGAUGCCGCACAAGAUGACGGCCCAAAGUCGCCCUCGACGGCCCAGCUCAGCCCGACGGUCCAGCUGCCCCGGCGCAGCGCCUCGUCGGCCCGCCAGCGCCAGGAUGCCGCGUCUCCCCAGCCCGGCGAUGCCCGUCCCGGCAAGGACUUUUCCUUUCUGCUCCGUCCGGAAAUCUACCACCCCAUCACACAGCUCAACGUGCCCCCGGCCUUUCGCAACUCACCCAAGCAGCCGGACCCCCAGGUGCCGCUGGACCAGCUCCUCGAGCGCGGCCAGUUCAGGGCCGCGGCCAUUGCGGCUGUCCAGGAGCUGACGGGCUCCGCCGCGGCGGCCAGCGGUCGUAAUGGCGUCGAUGCCCGCGAUGCAAAGACCAUCUUUGACCUGCUGUACACGCGGCUGGCCUGUCUGACGCUCAUUGACGCGACGCCGCUGGCGGCUCAGGAAGUCAAGGCCCUCGAGGACCUCAACAACCCCCGCAUCUACGUCGACGAGGAAACAGGCCAGCACCUGGCCCCCUGGGAGCUGCGCGUCCUCAACGUGCGCCUCCAGGCUCUCGGCUUCGGCGACCACCGCAGGGCCGUUAUGAGCUACCACGACCUCGCCCGAGAAGCACGGGUCCACAUCUCAAAGGCCGCCGCCAGCCACGACGGCACCACGCGCGAGCUCUGGAGGUCGCGCCUGCACGAACUGGGCAUCCAGGUCGCCGGGGCCCUCAUCGACAUGGAUGACCUGCCUGGCGCGGCGCACCACCUGGCCACCAUGUCAGACGGCGGCGGAAACAAGAAGCUGGCGCUGUCGAGGGCGCUGCUGUGGCUGCACCUGGGCAGCGCGGCCAAGGCGCGGGAGUGCGCGGCCAGGUGCUCGGACAACGCCGCACAGACGGACACGCUCAUCCAGGCGCUCUGCGACAUGGCCGACGCCGACUACGAGGCUGCCCUCGGCAAGUGGCAGGGACUGCACGACACGCUGGGCACCGGGGACGAGAUGGUGGGCGUCAACACGGCCGUCUGCCUGCUCUACCUAGGCAGGAUGCACGAGGCAAGUUUUUACUCUGCGAGCUCCCCGCGCCGCGGCAACCCCUUGCCCUGCGUAGAAUGCGCACGGCAGGGCCGCGAGUUGCUCGAAGGGCUGGUGGGCGCGGGCGCGUCGUCGCACACGCUGCUCUUCAACCUGGCCACCAUGUACGAGCUGUGCACGGACAAGCACCGAAAUCUUAAGACGAGGCUCGUGGAGCGCGUGGCCCGGCUGGACGAGUCGGCAGCGGGGUGGGAGAAGAUGAGUGCUGACUUUAAGCUGUGA